AACAUGAGGCCACUGGAGAUGGGCUUCAUCCUGACCGCCAUCUCAUGCCUCCUCAUCACCACCAACCUGCUGGUGGCUGUCGUCCUCUUCAGGAUCCUGCAGAAGAAGAGCAGCCAGAGCUGGUGCUUCGUCCUCAACCUGGCGCUGGCCGACACUCUGGUGGGCGUCGCUGCCACGGGACUGGCCACGGAAGACUUUAAAAACAACGUGACAAGCCUCCACUGCGACCUCCGGGCCGAUCCCGGCUCCAACUCUACGCCGGCCGCUCCGGGAAAGUCCCGCUGCCUGAUGCGAAUGGCGUUUGUGAUGUCGCCCUGCACGGCGUCCAUCUUGUCCAUGUUCCUGAUCUCCCUGGAUCGCUACGCCGCCAUCAAGAUGCCGCUGCGCUACUCCCAGCUGUCAGGCAAGGCCACGGCCGCAGGCUCCCUCUUCCUGCUGUGGAGCUGCUCCUUCAUUUUGGGAUUCUCCCCAGUCAUGGUUCCACAGCUGCAGACGGUGGGCUACAGCGGCGUGUGUGCCUUCUUCUCCGUCAUCUACCCAGCAGGCAUCAUCGUCGUCUUCAGCGGCUGCUUCUUCCCGGUCCUCUCCAUCUUUGUUUGCAUCUACCUGGACAUCCUGAAGAUCGCCUGCAGCCACCAGAAGCAGAUCCUGAGGAUCCGCCAAGCUGGCUCGCGAACGUCGGACAGCGCCGACCCCGGAGGCUGCCACCAGCAGGACGGGAGGCGCUACUGGAGCCACGUCAAAGCCCUGAAGACAGUCGCCAUGUUGGUCGGCUGCUUCUUGCUCCUGUGGUGUCCGUUCUUCGUGGGUUGCAUCGUGCAGCUUCUGUGUAAAAAAUGCAAACUCAUCAAGGUGCUGGAGAACUACCUCUGGCUGCUCGGCCUCAGCAACUCGCUCAUCAACCCGUUGGUUUACGCCUACAGACAAAGAGAGGUGCGGAUGGAAUUAGCCGCCAUGUUCUGUUGCUCUUCAGCACUCAGAGCGAGAGGAGACACCCAACAGCCUGGACAGGCUUAA